AUGGGGGAUGAGCCUCCUCCUCGGCACAAUCUUGCUUCGAAUGAGCAUCAAGACGAUUUGAGAGGUUCACUUUCCUAUGAAGCAUUCAGCGUCAUUCUCACUAACGACUCUACGCCAGAUCCACCCCUGCAGCAAACAAUAUCAAGUCCACCGAAAGUAGCACAGUUUAAUAAUAUGGAGGCCGAACAAUAUCCUCGACAGCCCUUCAGUAUGGGCCAUGUCCCCGGUGCUGGCGCUCUUGACAUGUCUGGAAUGUCAGGGGCAUUGCCAGACCCUCAACUACGACAAUAUCACCAGCACUCUUAUCCUCACCAGUUCCAGUCGCCAGCUCUUACGGGCCAGGUGAUGUAUCAGUAUAACCAGGGUGCGCAGUUUGCUGGUCAAAUUGCAGGCAACUACACUCCACAACCUGGGCAGCAAUACCCAAUGCAAUUCAUGACGAGUACUCCCCCGCGACAGCCGCAUGUAGGAUACACGCAAUACAUGUCCGGUCAAGGGGGCUCCCAACAGUUCCAGCAACAAGGCCAGGGCUAUCUGAUGCAGCAAUCCAUGAUCCCUCAAUCUACUGCGCAACACCAGCAACAAGUGACGUACUCUCAAGCCUUCACAAACCCGGCCUACGCAACCGCAUAUGCUACGAGAAUGACAGCCGUUUAUCCCGUGCCCCAGUUGCGCGUGGAUAGCAGCCUCACACAAUCCCCCCAGCAUGGUUUCUACCAGCACCAUCAUGAUCAAGCUAUCCGGAGAACCAGUUCCAAUUCCUCCCUCCAGACAUCCGCACUGAGAGGACCACCCAGAAAACCGAGGCAAUCAGGCCAUGCACUCUGGGUUGGCAACCUACCUCCUUCAACACACAUCAUAGACCUGAAAGAUCAUUUCUCCAAGGACGCGACGGAAGAUAUUGAAAGUGUCUUUCUAAUCUCCAAGAGCAACUGCGCGUUCGUCAAUUACAAAAGCGAAGCCAGCUGCGCAGCAGCAAUGGCGCGGUUUCAUGAUUCUCGGUUUCAAGGCGUUAGACUCGUUUGCAGACUGCGUCGCGGAAGCUCUUCUGUGACGACACAAGGCCUACCUCAGGGUCAGAUUGCAGCCGUGCGAUCCGACGAAUCCUCUUCCUCCCAGAGCAAGCAAGAAGCCCCCGUCGUGCAGGAUGUCACAACCGAGGGCGCUACAGUCUCCUCAGAACCAGAGAGUAUAGAAAGAGUGAAAGAGAAGUUCUUCGUGGUCAAAAGCUUGACCGUCGAAGAUCUAGAGCGCAGCGUACACAGUGGGGUGUGGGCUACUCAAGCGCACAACGAAGCUUCUCUCAACAGUGCGUACAUGUCGGCGGAAAGUGUGUACCUCAUAUUUUCUGCCAACAAAUCCGGGGAGUAUUUUGGCUAUGCUCGAAUGGAGUCAGCUAUAGAUGAAGAGUCUGCGGCAGCCAUUGACUAUCAACCAAGAGCCGAGACCCGAGACCCUAGCCCAUCCGAUCUUCCAUUGACCAUUCCAACACCAGCAACCGCCACUGCACCGAAGGGGCGGAUCAUUGAUGACUCUGCUCGUGGGACCAUAUUCUGGGAAGCCGAGAGUGCUUUGUCAGGACAAGAAGAACAAAAUGCCGACGACGAUGCGAACGCAUCUGGCGAAGGAUACGAGUCCGCGAGUCCUAGUACUCCACAAACAUUCGGCAAGCCUUUCAAGAUCAAAUGGAUGUCCACCGACAAGCUCCCCUUCUAUAGAACCCGUGGCUUGAGGAAUCCUUGGAACUCCAACCGCGAAGUCAAGAUCGCCCGCGACGGCACCCAGAUCGAGCCCAGCGUCGGCCGAAAGCUAAUCGACAUGUUUCAUCGCCCUCCAAUGGCAGCAACAUCAAGUCCCAACACUUCCCGACAGCACCCUCCCGCAGGAUCCCAAGGUGGAUUCAUGUCUCCUCACUCUCCAGCUGCUGGCGGCAUGUACGGGCGACCUUACUGA